CUCUGAACCUGUAGCUAAAUUUGAAAUCGAACAAAUCUCAGUACUGAAUCAAAUUUAAUUGUUCUUGGCGUUGCACUGACGACUGAGACUCACUUGUAUUCUGUUUUCUCAUUUAUCUUACUUCACGUUGGGGUCGACAUCGAAGGACGAGCAGCCAUCAGAGACUAAUUAUGCUAAUAUCUAACUACCAUCACCAGGAGCAACCACGUUUUAUUGAUUGAUUUCUUUGUCAAGGAAGAGAAACUAGUACACUUUGUCCUGGGGCAAGGUUGUAGUUCUUUUGCGAGGUUCUAUGAUUUCUAUUUUACAUGGAUCGUCUUUUUUUACUACCUCAUCAAAAAGGCCUACAGGCUCCUUCUGUUAUUGGUAUGAAAUGAAGGCAAAAGUAUAUCGCGAGAAAAAACGUUAUCAUUAUCGUUUUUUUGAAUUUUUCAGAAAAGCACGACGCGGAGCACUGCGGCCCUGGGGCUUUCCACCUUGCGAUGGCCAAGCCGGCCCUCCCUCCGCGAGGCGCCGCAGCAGACGCUGCGCUCCUCCUCCCAUUGACGCGGCCCUUCAGUCAUGGCUGGGCAUCAUGGUUCCGCUAAGCUCAGAGGCCGCGGCCUCCGCUUACGCCCGCCCAUUGGGCAGUAGCGUGGCCUGUCCCUGCAAACUUAUCCACAAAAGUAGCCCACCUUGGGAACCAAGCGCGGCGCACUCGGAAAGCAGCCCCGCUGGCAAUCGUUGGGGCGAUUCCUGGGGGCAAGCAAUAUGAAACGCCAAGCCGAUCGAGGGGAAGCCGCGGCGCCACUUCGCUCAAGAUCCAAGGAGGCGAGGAGCCGACCGAGAGCCGCAGACGCGCGAGCGGCUGAAGGGGUCAGUUGGGGGGGGUGUUUGAGGGGGGUCCUUGUUUUCAGGGACCCCAUUUGAUAAGACUUCUGGCGCCCGACAGAUAGGCGAUAACGCUUCUGGCGCCCGACACUCUUCGCCGAGGCCCAAAAAAACAAUCUAAAUCUUCAGAACCUCGAGGGGCAAGCGGGUGACAGGUGGGCGCCUUUUCUGCUUGCUCGUUAUCGUUUUUUUGGCGAGUGUUUGGAGGGGUCGGUGGAGGGGGGCGGCGGACCACCUCCGGCCCGGCUAGAGGACCAGAGCAGCCACAGCAGGAAGGGGGCGCCGAGUCGCUAGAGGUCGGAGAAGGUGGGGCGCCAGAGGUGGCGGAGCGGCCGCAAGCAGCAGGGCUGCGGGCCAUCCCCUGACACUCGGGCCCCAGAUUCGCGAGGAGACAGGGAAACAAGCUACACGCGUGCGCGUCUGCCAUUGCUGGAAGCGCCUCCCGGAGAGCGCAGCACCACCCAGCAGCCAGAGCAGAACAGCAGCCCAUGCGGCGCCGCUGUUUUGUUGUCUGAGUCAUGGGAAGCGCAGCACACCCACAAACGCGCCAAGAGGAAGCGGCGAAUGCUGGCGCCCCUCCAUUCUUAUGCCCACGCGCACAGCGUCCCACAAAUGCCUGGAAUUUGUUAUCCCAAUCUGAAAAAAUCAAAAAAACGAUAAUGAUUACACUUUUUCCAUUCUUUAAGAAUACCAGCUCAAAUGGCCUGUGCUUGUACAGUAGCAGUUUUGAUCGCUUCUAAGCUUGAGCAUCGCUGAAAAAGCAAUUUGCUGAAGUUUGAGGGGAGAGACAUGAGAUGGAGACGCUUCUAUGUAUUGGCGUUGACACGACGUUUCUAUUUCUUCCAAGAUCGUCAUUGUUUCGACUGCGAGCGGAAGUAUUCGCGUCAAUUUUCUCGUUAUUUGUCCUGACAUCUAGGCAUCGGAACUUCUUUCGAAGUCGACGUAAG